ACGGGGGAGAAGUUGCAUACCUGUCCGGAGUGCAGGAAAUGUUUUUCAUGUCUAGACUUUAUAUAUAUAUAUCAGAGAUCUUACACAGGUGAAAAGCCAUAUGUCUGUCCUGAGUGUGGGAAAUACUUUUCAGUGAAGCCCAGUCUUCACACACAUCAGCGAUCUUACAAGGAGGAGAAGUUGUAUACCUGUUCGGAGUGCGGGAAAUGUUUUCAGAGGAGCCCUUUUCUUCAUAUAUGA